AGACUGCUUUAUGUCUGGCAGCAGCGGCCAUGCGCGGUCGCCAUAUUACUGCGCACCCCUCCCCUCCGGCCCCGUCACAGACAGCGCAGACCACGGCAGCGGUGCAGGAGGCUCCAUACUGAACGACGCUACCGCCGGGGCGGACCAGUGAUACAGCAAAACCCAAACGAGGACCCAGAGGAAUGGAUUUAACCCGUGUACGGCGCUUUUAUUAGAAGUGUUUCGCCUUUUAAAGCUUCUAACUGCGGAUUAAAGGUGGCUCGCUUUCACUUCGUUUCCUCUUGUUAAAAGAAUAAGAAUACAAAAACCCAGCAGUUUAAACAGCCGAGUUUGUGUUUAGCUAGCCGGUGAUGGAGAGUGGCAGCUAGCUAGCUUUUAAUAUAACGCUAACUUACUCAGCAGCUUUUUGCCCGCUUUUUGUGUUCAUUGCAGCGUGGCGUCUUUUUCUCUUCAACAAAACAUACAGAAAUGUUAGCUUGUGUUUAAUAAAGGCGCAGACGGACAGCUCUGGUAGUUAACCGGCGAACUGGCAUCAGCUGACGCUAGCGGCCACUAGCUUCUUUUGCCUCGCUAGGAUAACGCCGAAGCGAGUGAAAGAAGACAAGGGUGUAAAUAUCGGCACAACUUUUGCCUCAUAUCUGCGCACUUCGUUGAAAUAUCUGUUUUUUGUCUAGAUAAUUUUUUUGGUCGUUUGUCUGUUGAGCGUAGUUUUGUCAAAACGGCGCCUUUAACGAGCUGCAGCCUUAUUGCAUACUGUCAGAGACCAACUACCGCCCGGAUCUUCUCGAAAUGCAUCAUCCGGACCCUGCAGGAGACUCUGGCAGUGUUAGAAAGAUGGCGCACCAGGCUGUCUUUCACAGAAGGGGGAGCAACACUGGUAGCGGGAGCGGCCCCGGGCUGUCAACAUCAGCUAACCCGGUGGUUAAUAACAGCCACGUACCAGGCGAUGACUACCCGCCCUCCCUGUUGAUUCAACCUCCUGCUGGCUCAUCCUCCCCGGGUCCCCAUCAUCCUCCUCCCCCCCACAGCCUAAAUCUGCUCUCCCAGCCCCAGCCCACACAGUCCACUGGAGCUCAGAUAAAAAAGAAGAGUGGUUUCCAGAUCACAAGUGUGACUCCAGCACAGGUAUCUGUUAGUACCAAUAACAGCAUUGCAGAGGAUACUGAGAGCUACGACGACCUGGAUGAGUCCCAUACUGAGGAUCUGUCGUCUUCUGAGAUUCUGGAUGUGUCCCUCUCCCGAGCUAAUGAUGUAGUUGGAGCAGAGAGAAGCUCCUCAGAGGAGACGUUGAAUAAUUUCCAUGAGGCGGAGACCCCUGGAGCGGUCUCUCCAAAUCAGCCUUCACACCCCCACACCUUGAACCAGGCACAGAAGCAACACGGUGGAGCCAUGGUGAAUGGGACUGUACACCAUCAACAUCCUCCACAUCCUAACCAUGCCCAGGUCUACCCUCUGUCCUCUGGCUCUGGGAUCACCGCGUCUGGUCUCACCUCUGGAGCUUUACCUUGUGUCACCCAGAAAAUGCCUUCUAAUAUGGGCGGCCCUCAAGAGAGAGUUUCCCAGGCUGCUCCUUCAAGUAUCCCCACUCAGCCUACGGGGACUGCAGUCCCGGGAUCUAUCCCUGGAAUGCACAGCUCUGCUGCUGGCAAUACAGUUAGCAUAGUUAAUCCCCAGACCAGCAGUGUUAGUAAUGUGAAUAUGUUGAGCUCUGCCAACGUGCCUGUGAGAGGGGGGAUCAGCACGAGUGCUAGCACUAGCAGUGGCGGCUAUCCUCUCAAUGUGAUGAGCAGCAGUGGAGGGAGUGGAGGAGGAGAAAGUGCUGCUGCUCCAGCGGGGAGCAACCUUAUGGCCCCCACUAACAUGAUCCAGCAACACCAAAACUUAAACUCCAACAUUGCUAUGACUGCUACAACUACUGUUGCUGUGAGUGUCUCUGGAGGCGUAGGGCUCCCCAGCGGGCUCCAUGGAAGAGUUGGAUCAGCUGUGCAGCAGCCUGUGAGUGCAACUGCUACAGCUGCGACCACAGCUCCUGUAUCAACUGCUCCUGCGGCCCCUGUGGUGGCCACCACCACAAGCUCUCGCUUUAGAGUGGUGAAGCUGGACUCUAACUCUGAGCCCUUCAAAAAGGGCAGAUGGACUUGCACUGAUUUCUAUGAUAAGGAGACUCCAGCUCCUGCCCCCACUUCUUCUUCUGAUCCUGGGUCCCACAGCAUACGACAGUUUGUCUCUGAGAGCUUUGCUGGGGGGUCGGAGAGAGAAAGCACAAGUGGGAGUUCUGUGAGUAGUACUAUGAGUACAUUGAGCCAUUAUGUCGAGAAUGUGUGCAGUGGAGAUGUUGGUGGACCACAGCAUGCACAGGAUUACAACUCCCCUCCUCAGGGCUUUCAAGGAAUCCUCCCCAGCGGUUUAAGCAUGGGGGUAUCUCACACCCAACCCCAACAGCAUGAUAAAACUAUUGCGGCCCCCUCGGCACCUACAAAUGUUCAUCAGCCUCCAUCCAUGCCGAGCCACCAGACCACCAUGGGACUCACUGCUGUGUCCCAGCAGCAGCUCACUUAUGCCCAGGCAGUUGCUAAUCAACCCCCAGUAGGUGUUCAGCAGCAGAAGAUGGGUUAUGCCACCCUACCACAACAGCCAGCUGCUGCCCCCCAAGCACACACGAUGUCGAUGAGGCCACCUGAGUACACACAGCCGCAGCAAAGCAUCCCUCAUUCUGCUGCUGCUUCCCAGCCUUUGUCCAACCAAGCUGGAGCCACAUCUGCUGGGAUGGCUAACGGAGCCUGCCAUAUGAUGGGAGGUCCUCAGCAGCCCCACUCUCUUCAGUCUACCACCUCUAGUAUGUCCUCUCAUGUCGGGGUAGCUGGUGUUGGCCAGCAGCCUCAGAGCCAUCCAGGCCAUUUGGAUUGCCAGCAGCAAAAGCCGCAGUCACUCCCAACACAAAUCCAAAACCAAGGGCUGAGCACCCAGCUGCCAACAGCGGCCCAUCAGAGCCAGGCGUCUGCACCAAGUGUGCCUCCCCCCAACCCUCAGAGCGAUCACCAGGCCCAGGCCCAACCCCAAUCUCACAACACUGGGAAUACUGCUCGGAUGCCCCCGCAGGGAGUUCCCCAUAGCCAGCCGUCUUCUGUGAGCUUGACCCAUGACCACAGCAGUGCCCAGGCCCUGGCUCACGCUGCACAGGCCAGCGCCCUGUAUGCCAGUCUGCCGAGCUUCACCACCACUCAGCUGCAAGAUGCCCAGCGGCUGCUCCUCCAGCAUCAGUCGGGUUUGUUGGGGUUGCCCAAGCUGUCUGGAGGAGAGACUGGAUCCAACACUGGCCAUGGUCAGGAAACUGAGGGCAACGCUGCCACCGCCAGUGCCUUAACAGCACCAGCUGGUCUCAAGACUGUAGAUGGAGAAGAGGAUGGUUCAUCCGGAGCCAGCGUUGUGGCCAUAGACAACAAGAUAGAGCAAGCGAUGGACCUGGUGAAGAGUCACCUGAUGUACGCCGUGCGUGAGGAGGUGGAGGUGCUGAAGGAGCAGAUCAAGGAGCUGAUCGAGCGUAACUCCCAGCUAGAGCAGGAGAACACGCUGUUGAAGACGCUGGCGAGCCCCGAACAGAUGGCCCAGUUCCAGGCCCAGGUUCAGACCGGCUCGCCACCUACCCCUCAAACGGCCGCCACGCCGGGACCCGCAAGCGCCACCACCCUCUCCCAGUCUGCAACACACAGCUCCGGCCCCUCGGCGUAGCCUGGCCCAGGUGGAGAACUUGACUUUUUUUGUUUGUUUGUUUCUUUGUGUUGUUUGAGCUCUGGCACAGCCGCCGAGCCAAACUUUGCCUUCAACCGCAGGAGGCUACGCCGUUAAGAUGAGAAUUUGCACAUUUUAUCUCAGAAGGAUGCAGACAGAGGGACGAGCGGGGGCUGCGCUCGGAGGCGCGGGGGGAGGGCGACAAUCUUGAGAUGCUGUACAUGAAGUUGUUUUGAACAUUUGCCAAAAAAGUCCCCCUCUUUUCAUCAACUAGAAUGUCUUACAGAGGAACAGCUCAUCAGUGGAAACAAUGCUUAGAUUUAAAUAGAAGAAAGAAAAAAAAUCACUGUGCCUGAGUGAUGUCGACUACACCAGUGGGUGGAGCAGCAGGAUUGAUAGUUUCCUGUUUUGCAGAAUGAUGUAAAUAAAAGAAGUUUCCAGGUUGACGGACUCAAGAGGAAGACACCUUCUCCAAAUGAAGAAUGUGAGCAAUCAUCACAGACUCCCCCAUCUGGAAUGGGGGAGUUUGGGGUGGGAGGGGAGGUUCUUUACAGCAGCAUUGUUGAUGAUGGUAUGAUCUUUUAGCUGUGGGUUGAUGGGAUGAACAAACCGUGGUUUCUUAUGGAGAUGAUGAUAUUCUAUUUUCAGUAUUUCAACCUCCUCGUUUUUGCCCUCGAAGCUCCUCAUUGCAGUUUUCUCAGCCCUGCAGUGGCAUGUAAUUUAAACCUUAUCAGACAGGGUUGAGACUUCUUUUGGGCUAAGCUGCAUUUUUUCCCCUUUUUGUUUUCCUAAAAGAUUCGAGAGGGCAGAGGAUGAUGUAUAUUUCUGUAUAGUGUAAGUAUCAUGUAAAAUAGAGAGGAGGUGGUGGUGAAGAUAAACAACAGAUGCUAUCUAGGUCACACAGAUUGAUGCAGAUGAGUCUUGCCCAGCCUGUGUCAUCUAUUUUUAAUGCUGUAUUUUCAGGACUGUGGAUGGACGAGGAGUUUAGGAUAUUUAACUGACAACAAGCAGCCCGACUGUGUUGUCCAUAACCCUUACUGCAACAUUAACUCUUGACUGUAAAACCAUUUCCACUUGGUUCUCUUUUUCUUUCUGGAGUAUUGCACUCUUUAUUUUAUUUUAUUUUAUUUUUUUUGACAGUGAAAUACUUUUGGAUGAACAAUAUCUUAAAGUUCAAUUUAAAAAAAAAAAAAAAAAAAAAAAUACAAACUCUAGAGAUGUUCUUUUUCAUUCUGUGUAUCAGUUGUAUGCUCAUGUUCUGUGCAUGUUUCCGCAAUGACCGGAUGAGAUAUUGUAACAUACAUACCACAAUUGCACUUGACAGCUGCACUUCACAACUUUCAAUAAACAUGGUUAAGGAA